AUGCCUCAACAACAAAAAAAACGUAUUAACGCAACCGUAGCGUGUACAAAUUGUCGAAAACGACAUGGAAAAUGCAAUACACUUACUGGUGAAAAUAAAUGUUCAAACUGUAGUAAACGAAAUCUGGAUUGUACUUUUAAGGAGGGCAAUAAGCGCGGUCCGAAGUCUGCUGCUGAUGCAAAUCCAAAUGUUUUUAUUACCAAUCUUUCUUCCUUCAUUUACGAUAAACGAAUGUCAAAUAAUGAUCAAAAAAUCGCGUCCUCUCUUAAUUCCUCCCCUAAUUCAUUUUCUGCAAGUGAUUCUUUAUUACAUCCUUAUAGUCAUACCACUACUGAAACUCCACAUCCUCAUAUUAACCCUUAUGAUGAGGCUACUGUAGCACCCCAAACUGCAA